GGCAGGGAGCGGCACCGGCAGCGGAGACCCUUCCCCCGUUCUCCCCGCCUGGGCAAGCCGGGGUGACCCGGCGGGACGGCGUGACCCCGUGGGACAGCUCACGUCAUGGUCGACUACUACGAAGCGCUGGGGGUGAGCCGCAAUGCCUCUGCCGAGGACAUCAAGAAGGCGUACAGGAAGGCUGCUCUGAAAUGGCACCCGGACAAGAACCCAGACAACAAGGAGUAUGCUGAGCAGAGGUUCAAGGAGAUCGCCGAGGCGUAUGAAGUACUGUCGGACAAGCAGAAGCGUGACAUCUACGACCGCUAUGGCAAGGAUGGACUCAUGGGAGCAGCAGGAGCAGGCAGCUCCAGGGCCAGUGCAGGGGCCCCCGAAUUCACCUUCACCUUCCGCAGUGCUCACGAUGUCUUCCGGGAGUUCUUUGGCGGACGAGACCCCUUUGCUGAAUUCUUUGAUGACAUGAUGCCCUUCUCUGAACUGCGAGGACCUGGCCCCCGGCACCAUGGGGGAGGCCACUUCUUUUCCCCCUUCCCAGGAUCCUCAGAUUUCUUCGCCUCAUCCUUCAGCUCUGGUCCAGACGCAGGACUGGGCUUCCGCUCUGUUUCCACCUCCACCACCUUUGUUAACGGCAGGCGUAUCACCACCAAGAGGAUUGUUGAGAACGGGCGGGAGCGGGUGGAAGUGGAGGAGGAUGGGCAGCUGAAGUCGAUCCACAUCGAUGGUGUUCCUGAUGACAUGGCGCUGGGGCUGGAGCUGAGCCGGCGGGAGCAGCACGCCUUCCCCAGGCCACGGCCCCCCUCCCCGCCAGCACCGGCCCCCCGCCAGACCUCGAGCUCCUCACCUGUCUGCCUCUACACGGACAGCGAGGAUGAGGAUGAGGACUUGCAGCUGGCCAUGGCCUACAGCCUCUCUGAGAUGGAAGCUGCGGGGCACCACCAAGCAGGUGGGCACAGCCCCGGCUCCCUGUCGGCACCGGGGGGCAGCCACAGCAGCCCGUCCUCCGCCCGCAGAGCCCGCGGUGCCCGGGGGGGGCUGGAGCAGGAGCCACGGGGGGCCAGCAGUUCUGCUGCAGUGGGGCACGAACCUGCCCCCCGAGUGAAGCUGUGGCACUGCCCCCUGCUCUGAGCGUGAGACAGGGAGAGGAAAGCAGGGCUGGAGUCUCACUGCUCGGAACUCAGCUCCUGCCUCCCCUAGCAAGGGAGGGGGUCUCUUCUGCCCUCCUGCCUCCUUGCUCAGGUGAGCGGAUGGCUAGGGGCAUCCCAGCGUUGGAGGCUCCCAGACUUGGAGGUAGUGGCUUGAAGAGGAGCCCCCUUGAUGGGGUCCCAGGAAGAGGGGCAGCUUCCUGCCCUGUCUGCUGGAAGUGUGGGGGGCCCAUGGGCAGGCAUGCUCUGGCUGUGCCCACCCCUCUCUCCCUGCCAGCCCUGCAGGCAGGCAGGGUGUCCAGCGGGUGCCUCCCUGGCUGCAGCCUGCCCCUGCCCAGGCUGCAGGGAGUGCUGAGUUGAGCUCCCCUCCUUGCAAGGAGGGCUGUGCACAUAGCCUCUGCUUGGUGCCUUGUGUCUUGUCUCUUCCCUCUGGAUGCUGUUGCUCCUGCCUGUACUCCCUGCUCCUCUGUCUCCUUGCAGACUCUGCCUGGUCACUCCCUUCUGUAUGCCUUGCACACCCUCCAGGGCACCGUUCCCUCCUUGCUUCCCACAGCAGCAGUGACCCUCCGUGCUGUUCACAAGUGUUCCUUCCCUCUUCAUUGCCCGUAGUUCUGCCUUGGCUGUCUUCCUCCUCCGCCUGGGACCUUCCUCCCUCCUUCCCUGCCUCUCCCCAGCCCUUGGCCGAGGAGGAUUUCACAGGUGCUGUUGUGUACCCCCCUCCGCUUGUCU